AUGAACACGACUCUAUCUCAACACUACACCCCAUCCGAAGUCGAAAUUACAACCGCUCCCACCGUCGAGCUCGUCGACAGGCUACAGACGGGGCAGCUGACCGCUGAAGCGACAGUUACUGCGUUUUGCAAACGUGCUGCUCUAGCGCAUCAGGCAUUGGACUGUGCAACCGAUAUCUUUUUUGACGAAGCUAUCCAAACUGCGAAGGAGUAUGACCGUUGUAGAGAGUCGACAGGAAAGACAAAGGGCCCGCUACAUGGGCUCCCUGUAUCGAUCAAAGACGCGUUCGAUAUCGCCGGUCACAUUACGACCUCUGGACUUGUGUCACGGCUAGACAAUGUCGCUCGCGAAGACACCUUGCUGGUCGCGAUCCUACGCGAAGCUGGCGCUAUUCCCUUUGUCAAGACAAACAUCUCGCAGGGCUGCCUUCUUGUAGAAUCUACCAACAAUAUCUACGGGACCGUCCUGAACCCUUGGAAUCGAAAUCUCAGUGCUGGCGGAAGCUCUGGUGGUGAGGGAGCACUCGUUGCUUUCAGGGGUUCUCCGUUGGGCGUCGGCACCGAUGGGGGAGGCUCAUUACGCAUCCCCGCUGCAUGGAACGGCAUAUAUACAUUGAAGCCUACGGCAGCGCGCAUCCCUGGGUUCCCCGGCGGUGCUGGCCGCUCAACAAGCAACAGUGCCAACAACGGCCCUCUGGCUUGGGACCUUGACACAGUGGAACUGUUCUGUGACGUGGUCCUCUCGUAUAAGCCGUGGCUCAAGAGCCCCUCUGUGAUGCCGCUGCCCUGGGUUCGUGGUGUCAAAGCUCCCGCAAGACUGAAGCUUGGCUUCCUCUUCGACGACGGCAUCGUGCAUUUCUCACCACCGGUGACGCGAUGCCUACGCGAGGCAGCCAAGCUUCUCGGCGACGCAGGUCAUGAGAUCGUUGAACUGGGGCCAGACUGGGCUGACCUGCAUCGACGCGCUGCUGGUGUGGCUUUCACAAUGUACACAGAGGAGGGCGGGAUUGGCCUUCGCGAGGAGUUGGAGAAGUCUGGCGAGCCCUUGGUCCCGCGAGUAUGCACGGGGUGGUCCGAGCAGCCUCUUACUCCCUCGGAGAUAUGGGCCAACCAUCGCCGCAGAAAUGCUCUGGCGACGGAGUACUUGAGGAAAUUCCAACUCGAAGGCCUGGACGCCAUCGUCACGGCGCCCAUGCCGCAUCCGGCGCCACCUCAUGGCGAGUACAUCACCUCUGCUAUCUGUGCUGCGUACAAUGCACUCGAUGUUCCGGUUUGUUGCGUCCCGUUUGGGCGCGUUGACCUCCAAAAGGAUAUUGCCCCGGCGGAGUGGUACGACUUGACGCCUUACGACGACAUGCCUAAUUUCCCAUACGACCGUUACGACAGGGACAUGAUGAGACUUUGUAUGUGUUUUUCAAUUCGUCUUCAGGUCCAGGUUGAUCCCGAUUCACACAGAAAGCCCGCCUAA